AAGACUGCCACAACUGCACAUCAAGAGGAAAACACACUAAACAAGACAGAAGUUUCUAAAGACCUCGGACCUUUCUUUCUUCUUCCUUUCUAACUUCCAUUUUCCUUCUUUUCUCUUUCUUUCUCUCCCGCUAUAGCCAUCAUGGAUGGCCACACUGGUUGUAGGGAGCCUCUCACCCUGGCUAUGACGCUGCUCUACCUCGCCCUUUUCUUCUACAUUACGUGCAGCUCAUUCUUGUUCUCGUCUAUGGCCAUAAGAGAUGGUGUUACCGAACGUUCCUGUUAUACACGUGUGCCAUGUGGUCAGGGUUACGUGUGACACUGUUCUCUUACUACUGCUACUUGGAGCACGGCAAUGCCCACGAGACCAUCCCUGAACUUUCGCGUCACGUCGGCACACCUGCCUAUUUUGUUCUCUUCUCACUCCCUGUCUAUCUCCAGUUCUGCAUCCUUUGCCUGCUUGUCGCCUACUUCUCGCAGAUCGUCCAGAGCUCCGAGGACAGGUACCAUCCCACACGAUGGAGGAGCGUGUCCGGCCACACCAUCAUGGUCGUGUCAGCUAACUUAGUGGUGUUGGUCACGAACUUGGCAUGUGCAAUCCUGAUCAAGAAGGCAGAAAACAGCAUGCCAGCUCUGUCAGCAAGUGCAGUGCCGAGCCCGAAGCUGAUUGUGUCUCAGUUGACUGGCUCUGUACCCUACGUUAUCUAUGUCCGUGUCUUCGUCAAUGGCAUCAUGUUUAUCGCCAUGGCAGCUGCUCUGGCCUACCUCAUUGUGCAAGUUGCCAAGACGGCAGAGGUGCGCCUUCUGCUGGAAACUGAGGAUAUGACCCAAGCUGGUGCUCGGAGCGUGGGAAUACUGUUAGUUUCCCUCUAUCUUUGCCGUACAAUCGCAAAUGUUUUGGCCCUCAUACCGUGUGUGGAGUGGGUUUAUGAUACAGACCAGGUUGACCUCCUCAGCGACAGUGAAUAUGGCUACUAUACCUUCAUCACCGUGCAGAUCCUGUGGGAAUACCUACCCACACUUGCCUCUGUUGUCUUCUUCAGGGUUAAGAAGCCCAUGCUGCUGUCUUACCCUCCUAUCCUGGAGCCCUUGUCCCGGUCAGCAGGAAUGCGUGCCAGUGAGAGCGAGGAGGAUGGAGGAUUCUCUAAUCAUUACCUACACCCACACAUAUCAUUCCAGCAGGCUUCAGACACCUGGUUUGGGAACUCAAGUGGAGGUUUAGUGGAUUCCCACAACCUCUCCCCAACUCGAGGAGGCACACACCACAAUGCAGCACACUCUCCAGCACACAGAUUUCUGUACCGCUACAUGGGCUACAGGAACUACACAGAGAGUCAGUAAUCUCUCUUGGGGAGUAUGAUGUGGACUAAGCAUUUAAGGCCCAUUACCAAAAAGAUUUAAGACUGUAAGGUUGUAAAACGCUGUAAUUCUAUUGUAGUUGAAGAAGUACCUUUCUGUAAGGGGAGUGAUUAUCCUGUGUUUUAGGUAUUUCCCCUCUGGCUAUGGUUAAGUAAGGCAUUUAGUUCCCCUUUAAUCUUAUGAGAAAGUACACAUAAUAAGCUUGAGUGAGAGUGAGAGUUGAUACUUUAAAGGGGGAUAGGAGUGCAAGAAGUGCUUGUAAUGAUAUAUGAAAAAGGGUGUAAGUUUGAAUUUCCAUCUUGGAAAUAAUGAGUCCCUAUGUAUGCAUUGUGGAGAACUAACCAUGAUUGAAUGGACAGUUAGGAAGUGAUGUGUGGCUGCUGUGACUAUUGUUUGAGUUCUGGUCUAAUUAUGGUGAAAACCUUCUCAAAUAAUGAAUGAAGCUUAUGUAAGACCAAUUUAUUAUUAAGUAUUCUCAACAACCAUGAAUGCUCUGUGUGUAAAUUAAAUUACAUAAAAAAUAAGGGGGAAUUGAGUCUGUACAGCUUCUAGGGACAAAUUUUCACUAAAUAUGUAACCAUAAUGU